AUGACAACACAAAAUGGUGAAGAUAUUUAUCACUCCAAUAACGAUGAAAUCAGCGACAAAAAUAUACACCACACCAAUAACAACGACACCAACAGUGAGGGUACUUUCAUAAAAGAAAGAAGAGUAUUCACCACUCCAAUAAUGAUGAAAUCAGCGACGAAAAUAUAUACUACACCAAUAAUAACGACACCAAUGGCAAGGGUACUUUCAAAAAAGAAAGAAGAAUAUUAA